GUCAGCCUGCCUUUCCAGCUAAUUAGCUCAGCAUACAACAAAGAUAAGCAAGCCAGGGAGGAGGACCCCCUGAAGGGUCUUUUGAAUCUGGGCAAUGUCUGAUUGGCAGAUGCUGAAAGAGAUUCCUGACUAAUCCAGUUCAUCAAUGAACUGCAUAAAUUCAGUACAAGACUGGAAGAAUUUAGGCAUGAGGACACUUUGUGGCUGCAGUCUGGAAGAGGCAGACCACGAUGGACAGAACCUUGGAAUCGCUGCAGCAUAUAAUUUCCCAAGUCCUGCCUCACAGAGACCCUGCACUUGCAUUUAAAGACUUGAAUGUUGUGGCGAUGCUGCAGGAAUUUUGGGAGAGUAAACAGAAACAGAAAGGUGUGUUUUCAAGUGAAGGCACUGUGGUAUAUGAAUCACAGAAUUCACCUGGGCCUCCAUUUGUGAGUUAUGUCACCCUUCCUGGAGGAAGCUGCUUUGGUAACUUUCAGUACUGCUUGAGCAGGGCAGAGGCAAGACGAGAUGCUGCAAAAGUAGCUCUGAUCAAUUCUCUCUUCAAUGAAUUGCCUUGUCGCAGGAUCACAAAGGAGUUCAUUAUGGAAAGUGUGCAGGAAGCUGUUUCCUCAACCAGUGGUUCUUUACAUGAUGCGGAUGACCCAAGUACAAGCAUUGGAGCUUAUCAUUAUAUGCUCGAGUCCAACAUGGGGAAAACAAUGCUGGAAUUUCAGGAACUGAUGAUUGUCUUUCAACUACUGCACUGGAAUGGAAGCCUCAAAGCCCUACGUGAAACAAAGUGCUCCCGGCAAGAGGUGAUUUCCUACUAUUCCCAGUACAAUUUAGAUGAAAGAAUGAGAAGCCACAUGGCCCUGGACUGGCUGAUGAAGGAGCAAGAAACUCCAGGCAUUAUUUCCCAAGAACUGCAAGUGGCACUUAGAGAGCUGGAAGAAACAAGGAAAGCUGGACAAGAGCUGCGGUUUUACAAGGAAAAAAAAGAAAUACUGGGUUUAGCACUGAGUCAGCUCUACAGUGAUCACACUGUCAUUUCCUCAAGUGAUGAUCAUAUGAGUCUAGCCCUAAGAGGCUUUCACUAGGGUGACCUAUAGCUAUGAAAUAAAUGUGUAAGCCUGAGCAGUAAUGUGGUAAUUCACAUCAACGCCGAGUAACCAUUCACCUUCAGCACAUGAAAGCUGAAUCCUGCAAAUCCAUUCUGCAAGUGGUAGCACUUUUCUCCAUCAGCUUCUGCUGGCCCUGUGCUGUCUUCCACUGGCAACUGCUUGUGCUGGAGGUAAUUUGAUUUUUAUGUUUAGUUGAAAUGUACAAGUUAAGAACUCUCAAAUUUCACCUCAGCAAGCUGCAUGAAUUCCAGAUGCACACACAUCCUUGGCAUCUCAUGCAUAAGUUCACAGAUGUGCAUUAUGCAUGUUUCCUCUUACUCUGAGUGGGAAAUGCCUGAAGCUGCCAUUAUACAAUGUGAAAUUCUGUGUGAAUAACAGAAAUUUGGGGAUAUUUUUAAAAGCUAUAGCUCAGGUUUACAAAUUUUUUAAAGAAAACCAACAGUUAUAAACUAGUGAAGGCAUUGUCUUUAUAUAAUCAAAGCAAGGCUGACAAUUGUUUACACUAUACUGACUUAUAUGCGAGUCGGUCUGUGAAUAAGGUAUGAGAUACCUAUGCAGUAAGCAUAACACACCACUUUAAACAUUUCUUCAUUAUUCAAGUGAGAGAUGAAAGAGGCAGCAAUUUUCUCUCAAAUUGUCAAAUGAAAUCAAUGAAAAUUUGAAGGCAGAGAGCCAGUAAUUGAUAACCAAGACGGACAUGCUUCUUGUCACUAGAACAUAAAUCUGGGAACUUUAAAAAAAAAUCAGUACACAGACAUUUGUGCUGAGUGCUCUAAAUUUUUUAUAUAAUAGAUGAGUCAACUCGUCUGAAUUCCAACAAGCACCCAUAUGUACAGAGCAAUUGAUUGCAUUAACUGAAAUUGCUAUGAGUUGCUUAGAAGGGCCAUACUGGGUAAGGACAAAUACCGGUAGGUUGCUUUAUUUCUAAGGCACCAUUAUUCAGAAUGGACUGAAGUUGCAAGAUGCAAAAUCUACUGUUGCAGUGAAGCAAAUGCAGCCCAGACAGCUUGAUAACCACAUGUAGGCUGCACUGAGUUCUCUGGAGGAAGAAUGGAAUGUAAACAUAAUACAAAAAAUGUUCCUAGCAAGUUGCCUUCCCUUUAAUAAAUUGUGGAGAAGGCAUCUAAUGUCUGGGCCACCUGCAGCUCUCUCUUUAGAUGUACAGCACAGAUCAAAGGAAAGAAGUGUCCUCUCUUCUCUGGUCAGCCCUCCUGGCACCACCUCCUAGCCUAUCCCAAUGCCAGAGGGUUGGCUAAAGCAGAUAGGCUAUAAGUAGCAGACAUGGGGUUCUUCAAGCAAGAUCCCACAUAGAAAAUGACCACCCUUUACCAUCCCGCUCUCUCCCUCCUGUGGCACAAUAUGCAGAGACAGAAAUGCUUAGCAACUUGCUGUGCCUUUAAUAAAAGGGAUUAUCAAUCAACCCCCACCCCCUCCAAAUAAAGUCAGAUUCUCCGUGUCAAGUUAAGUUACUUGGUGAAUUUUGAGCUCAUCACAAGUAGCAGGAGCUUAAGAGGGUGUCUCCCAAAAUAUUCAUGAAUAGUGGAUUUCAUAUCUUCUAGCUUAGAACUUUUUGGCUUUGGUCCACCUGACAGGGAACUCCACACCACAGCUACUGCUUUAUUACCAAGGAUUUUCUGGAAUUGACUGUUGUGGGUUUUCUGGGCUGUGUGGCUGUCUGUGGUCUGGUUGUUUUUGCUCCUGAUGUUUUGCCUGCAUCUAUGGCUGGCAUCUUCAGAGGUAUGUUACAGAGAGAUGUGUUUGUCUCCAUGGGACAUACCGAUACCUCUGAAGAUGCCAGUCAUGUGGGAGAAAUGUUAGGAGCAAAAACUACUAGACCAUGGCCGCACAGCCUAGAAAACUCACAACAGUCUUGAUUCCAGUCAUGAAAGCCUUCAACAGUACAUUUUCAGGAAUUAUCUCAGAGGAAGUCAUCUGCUCAUGCCACUAUGGCCUCAUUGUUGCCUGGCUUGCAGAGAUAGAUAUCCCUGAUCUCUUCACUGCAGAACUCUUGAUGGGUGUGAAGGACUUCACACAGGAUGCAUCCACUCAUCACUUGAAGUCAAGCUAUUGGUCAAGACAAUCCAGUUAACAAAUAGUUGUUAUAGUGCUACAGUGCAAUAUUCCUUGUGUCAACUCAGCCACAGUUUGAAAACCACCCUUGGUAAAUCCAUGAGAAUGCUAACUAGUAUUUUUGUAAUUUCAUCUAGUUGCUGGUUACAAUACCAUUGUAUAAAAUAUAUAUUCAGAAAUUUCAAAUAACAAGUAAAGUAAAAAUAAUAACUUAAAAUCUAUAGUAAUAAGGGUUUCAUUUAUGUUUACAUAAGAUGAAGAAGUUUUGAAAUCUGGAUGUUCAGAAACCACCUUCAAAAUGUUUGUGAAGAAUUUCUCAAGUUUUCACUUUUUACCAAAUAAUGCUGGUAAAGUUUCAUUCUGGGUUGAAAUCUUACCACUUUCCCUUUCCAGAGCCAUGGCAUGGUAACAGCAUAAGCCAGCUAGUUAAUGAGGCUAGCAGUGGGAAUUGUUACAGUCACUGAAAUUACCAACAAAAUAUGCAACAAAAUAUGCAAGAAGUUAUUCACCAAGGUCAAGUUGUGAAAAGCUUUACUCAUCACCAUGUAAAGUGAUCCAAGCACAAGGCCUUUAAUUCAAUUUUUAUGUACAGAUGUCAUUUCUUUACUAUAAUCAAUGGCUUCUCUUCCUUAACCUAAAAAUACAAUCUGGUUUGUAGUUAAAUGCACACUUUGUUACUGAAUAAAGAGAAGCAGCUCUUAAAAUUUAGAUAAUUGUUUUGUAAAAUAAAUUCAGAAACCUCAGAAAAAUGUGUGUAUUAUGACCAUUCCAUUUGCUAUAUGUGACUAUAAAAAUCCUGUUUUAGUAGUUUAA